AUGAAGAGGCAAAGAACCAUUGUAACAUUCAACAGCAACAUGAACAACAACAACAACCAUCUGUUCCAUUUUCUCUCAGAGGAAAUCAUAUUCAUAAUCCUAGACUUUCUUAACCAAAACCCAAUUGACAAAAAGGCUUUCUCUUUAGCCUGCAAAUCCUUCUACGCCAUAGAAGCCAAGCACCGCAAGAAGCUCAAGCCUUUACGCUCAGAGCACAUCCCAAAAGUCCUUAACCGAUACCCACAUGUCUCCCACAUCGAUCUCACGCUCUGCCCUCGAAUCACAGACACUUCUCUCACCACCAUCUCAAAUGCGUGCAUGUCUAGCCUCCGGUCAAUCGAUCUUUCAGGGUCCAAUUGCUUUUCAGGAACUGGGUUGCUGAGUUUGGCCUUGAAUUGCAAGAAUCUGGUGGAGAUCGACUUGUCAAAUGCCACUGAGCUCAGAGACUCUGCGGUUGCGGUUUUGGCUGAAGCAAAGAACUUGGAGAAGCUUUGGUUGGGGAGAUGUAAGCAGAUCACAGAUAUGGGUGUUGGGUGUAUAGCAGUUGGGUGUAGGAAGCUGAGAUUGAUUAGCUUGAAAUGGUGUCCUGGUGUUGGUGACUUGGGGGUGGGAUUGCUUGCUGUCAAGUGUAAAGAUAUUCGAAGUUUGGAUCUCUCUUACUUGCCGAUCACAGACAAAUGCUUACCAUCGAUCUUCAAGUUACAAUAUCUUGAAGAUUUGGUUCUAGAAGGAUGCUUUGGUAUCGAUGAUGACAGCCUUUCAGGCCUCAAACAUGGGUGCAAGUCGCUUAAGAAACUUGACAUAUCAAGUUGUCAGAACAUUACUCAUGUUGGGUUGUCCUCUCUAACUAGCGGCAGCGGUGGAUUUCUAGAGCAAAUCAUAUUGUCACAUGGCUCUCCUGUGACUCUUGCUCUUGCCGAUAGUUUGAAAAAGCUUCCAAUGUUGCAGUCAAUCAAGUUAGAUGAUUGCCCGGUUACCUAUGCUGGACUAAAAGCCAUCGGAAACUGGUGUGCGUCGUUAAGGGAGCUGAGCUUAAGUAAAUGCGCAGAGGUGAAUGAUGACAGUCUCUCCUCCCUUCUGACAAAACACAAGGAUCUGCGGAAGCUGGACAUCACAUGUUGCCGAAAGAUAACUUAUGCUUCUAUUGACCACAUUACAAAUUCAUGCACCGCACUCACUUCUCUUAGGAUGGAGUCAUGUACCCUGGUUCCUAGAGAAGCAUUUGUCCUCAUUGGACAGAGAUGCCAAUUUCUUGAGGAGAUUGACAUAACAGAUAAUGAAGUAGAUGAUGAAGGUCUGAAGUCCAUCUGUAGAUGUUCCAAUCUCUCCAGCUUAAAACUAGGAAUUUGCCUGAACAUUACUGAUGAGGGAGUUGCAAACAUUGGAAUGUGCUGCUCGAAGCUUGUAGAGCUCGAUCUAUACAGGUGCACAGGAAUUUCAGAUUCAGGCAUUUCAACUGUUGCAAGUGGUUGCCCUGGACUCGAGAUGAUUAAUAUAGCCUACUGUAAAGACAUUACCGAUAGUUCAUUAAUCUCAUUGUCAAAAUGCUCAAGCUUGAACACCCUUGAAAGCCGAGGAUGUCCUCUUAUCACAUCUUUGGGUCUAGCAGCAAUUGCUGUGGGAUGCAAGCAGCUGGCCAAGCUGGACAUAAAAAAGUGUUCCAGCAUUGAUGAUGCUGGGAUGAUUCCGCUUGCUCAUUUUUCUCAGAACCUUAGACAGAUUAAUUUGUCAUAUAGCUCUGUUACAGAUGUGGGGCUGUUAUCCUUAGCCAGUAUCAGUUGCCUACAGAGCUUAACCAUCUUACACUUGAAAGGCUUGAGCCCUAGUGGGCUGGCAGCUGCUUUAUUAGCCUGCAGGGGGCUAACAAAAGUAAAGCUCCAGGCAACCUUCAAGACACUGCUACCGCAAGCUCUUUUCGAACAUUUAGAAGCACGUGGUUGCGUGUUUCAGUGGAGAGACAAGUUCUUCCGAGCUGAACUCGACCCUCAGUGUUGGAAAAUACAGUUGGAAGAUAUCAUGCAAUUGCAAUGA